GCGUCCGUCACUUAAAAUGGAGGAUGCGACUGGAAAGGAAGAAGAACUUCAGAAAUUUCUGGGAAAAGUCGAUGAGAUUGGUAUUAAGAGUUCCUUGCACACAUUUGAUUCUCACUGAACAGAAUUAGUGAUCGCAAAGCGUUAAUUACACUUCCUAUAUAUUUCCAGUAUCCGCCGUUUAAAAUUUGCCAAUCUUCAGUAUAUGAAGUGUAAAUAUUAUUACACGAUUUGUUGCUAGUGCAACACAAACGUAUCAUCAUUUUAUUUUCCGAACAAUAUCUUUCUUAUUUACUUGUACAAUGUGAGCAAGAAGCUGUAUUUUGUCUUCGUAUGGUAAAUGGCUGCCUGAUCUCGGUUAGAAGGCAUGUUUUGACCGUUGUUGCAGUGCUAGGUCUUACAGUGAGCCGACAUAUAUAGACUGAUUGUAACAAUUAAUAAUAGGAAUGUAACUGUUCACGUCCGUAUUGAUAAGAAUAUGUCCGGCUCAUUAUCAUAUACUGAUGAGAGACAAAAUGAUCACUGAUUUAUCAAGCAUCUACUUUGGUUUCUGAUUGUAUGUAUUGCCAUGUAGAUUUCUCAUAACUGUUGCAUAUAAGAGCAACAAAGAAAUGAAUUUGUGCCAAUUGUUAUAUGUCACGGGAACACUUCAAAAGUGAUUUAAACACAGGCCCUUGGUUUGUUAAUUCCUCCAAUCUGCUAAACUACAUUGGAAAGGCACACUGAGGACAAUCUUGUUGCAUGAUUUUGUUGUUGUUUUUCUUUUUUUCAGAUUCCAUUAUGAAAGAUUUAACAUGUGGUGACUAUGAAAGGCAAAACAAAGCUCUAUCAGCUGCAGAUGAGUUCUUGAAGCGACACAGGGCUGAAAAUGAUGAUGAUUCUGAUGAUGAAUGUAAACAAGUCAAAACAAAGGCUGAGAGAACAGUCAUUUCUAAAACUGAGGAGAGAAGACUUCUAGAUCCGUCAACUGCCUUGGGUGAAAUGGUUAGGUUAAUAAGCUAAGUUGUGUUACCUUGGGAUAGUUCAGAUUUGAAAUUUGUGUUUCUGUCUACUUCCAGGUGUGCAGUCUAUCAUUCAAAAUUAUGCCUUAAGAGAACAGUUUUAUUAAAUUGGACUAAUUAAUUGAAUUAUGUGUUUAUAUCUUUUGUUAUAUAUGUAUGUUGUUAUUAUUAUUAUUUUAUGAACAAUAUUUUUUAUUCUACUUAGAGAGAUGCAGGAGAAGUUUGUGCAGGUGAGUUCUAAUUAUUGUUAUUGGUAGUUAAUAUUUUGUGAUAUGUUUAUUUGGGUGGAAGCAGGAUGCAGAAGGAAUUCUAUAUGCAUAGCAUUGUUAUAAUCAGUUACACUGUUGAGUGGUUCAUGAUCCAGAGUCUUGGUUUUUUAGACUACGUAUUUUCCAUCUAGGUGAGCUCUUGCAAUGCUUUCAAUAAGAUUUGAAGUAGGUGGCUACCUUGGUAAAGCACCCGCUGGAGAAUAAUAUGAAAAACAAUUUCACUCUCAUUAGCUCAUUAUUUCUAUUAAGAAUAAAAUGGGUUCAAACAGAGUUUUCUGUGUUAAACUUUAGUAAAUGAUCAUGUAAUAGUCUCCUUUAUAAAAAUUGCUUCACCGAUUGUUUAUUUGUAAUCAAAAUCUUCCAUUUGCUGACUUGCAAACCUACUGUAUGAGUUUCCCACCAAAAGUCCUUAAAAAGGACAUAGGUUACUGGAGUCAGUAUGUUCUUGUUAACUCAAAAUCUUAUUUUUCCUGGAAAUUUGGUAUACAGUAUGAUGAGACAACAUUAAUAGUUUUUUUUUUAAAUUUAAACUAAGGUGAAAGUUGCCUGAAAGAAAUCUAAAAGAUCUCAAGGUGUUUUAGGUCUCACUUGUUGAGUUUGUUCAACUUGAAUGAAUUGCAUGACUUGAAUGUGCCUUGUGGCAAAGUAUACCCAGCAAUUCGCAACAGAAUAUCUGCUGGAGCUCCAGUGGAUGUUGGGUAUUAUUGAAAGCACUGUGAGUGAGUCUUGGAGAGAUCAGAUUCUCAGAUUAUGCUUCAAUUUGAGUCUUCAUGUUUAAGAGUUUAAUUUUACUCUCAAACUUAAGAUUCUACUUCUUAGCACAUUAGACAAUAAUACCAAACUCCUGUUGGUAUGAGUGAAAUGAAAUCUUUGCAGUGCUAAAGGAAGUCCUGAAUAUGUAUUUCUACAGAGAAGUUCAUGAAAGCAGUCGAAGAAGAUGCUAAGGAGAGGGCAAAGAUAAAAAAGAGGUCUGAAGCAGAAGCUGAAAAACUCAAAGGAAAAGGAAAUGCUGCUUUCAAGGAAGGGAAUUAUCCAGAAGCUAUUAGUAACUACACAGUGGCAAUCACUAAAAGUGGCUCCAAUCCAGUACUUUACACCAACAGAGCUCAGGUGGACCAGUUACUGCAAUGAUUCACUGUUUGCUUCAUUGAUUUAAAAGUGCCAUGGUGAUAAUGAUGUCAGUAAUGGUGAUCAUUGUUACUGUCUUAAAAUUGUUUAUAACCACCCUUAACUUGACAAUAAAACUGUUAUGUAGUGGAAGUCUUUUCUACUACUGAAGUAGUAUGGCUGAUUUCUGUUCAUAUGAGAUUUUUGACGUUGCAUUUCAUGGUCCUUGUUACUCUCAGGCAUACAUCAAACUGAAUGACUUCGAUUCUGCAAUCCAAGACUGCAAUCUUGCUUUGAAGGCAAGUUUAAUUUUCAAGUAAUACACUUUUUAACCUAGUAAUCAUAGAUCAUGAUCAGUUACCUUGCUCUACAGUUGUAUUGAUUUAAGCGCUAAAUAAGAAUUUCUCCUCCCAAUAUCAAUACAAUAUCAAGCAGUCAAGUGAUGAGAAUAUGGAAAAAUCAAUUAAGAGGUCAUUAGUUGAUCUAAUACCUACUUCUCCUGUUUCACUCCAGAAGAAUGGUGCAGCAGACAGUAAGAAGAAUUACUUGUGAGAUCUUGGGAGUGAAAGGGUUAAGGCUUAAAAUGAGAAAGAAGAGAGAAAAGUCAAGAGCUAGCUAAAAUUUACAGUCUGGGUAAUAAGUAUCAAAUUAUUUUUAUUACAUUUUUAGAUUGAUCCCAGGUGGGUGAAAGCUUUUGUUCACAAAGCAAGAGCAUUACAAGCUCAAGGAAAAUUUGAUGAGGUACAGUUUGAUUUGCAAACAUAUUGUGGUCAUGUUAUGACAUUUACAACUGAUAUUGUGUACAAUUAACUUACAGAUCACAAUUCUUUAUUGUAGGCCAUCUCAGUUCUGAAGGACGCCAUCAAAGUGGCACCAAAGCAAGAAAAAGUGUUAAAAUGUAUUCAAUAGUUAUAACUGAUUACAGUUAUUUAGUAUAUGUACUUUAGUGACAGACUUUGUGUUGAAUUAGUUGAUUUAGGAAAAUGUUGUUUUCAAUUAUUGAAAUGGUAAUUAACCUUUAAAUUUAACAUUUUUCCACAAUGAUGUUAUAAACAGCUUACAUUACUGAGGCUGAGUCAGCAAAAAAAAGACUUCAGGAUGAAAAAGAGGUCAGUCUUAUAGUACAUUGUCAAACUUCAAUAUCUGCACUAUAACAGGAAAUCUCUUACUUCCAUCUGAUUUUUUUCUUUAUUUUCUUUAUUUCAAACUAAUUAUCAUAUGUUUCUCCAAAAUGAAGCAAUUUUAAUUUUGAACCACAGAUGAAAGUGAAUACAUCAUAUAACCAUUUUAAUUAUGUAUUGAUGGUAGGCUGCUGGUAUUGCUGGAGAGGAGAGUGGAGAGUUGAUAAGAGACUCCAUAAACAGACUACAGAAAAACAGCCUGGCCACAUCACAAUAUACUGACGCAACAAGGAAACUCCUCCCACUUCUUGAUAGCAGUAUGUCAAUUUUUAUUUUGGAAUUAUAAUUAUUUAUAAUAAUCCUCACUUUAAUUGAGUUGAAUUCUGCAAAUAAUUUUGUUAAAUGGUUUUUCUCUAGCUAAUUGAAUCAAUGAUAUAGUUAAUUUUGGAUUAAUUGUUAAAUCGAGUAAUUUCUUUUAUUAAAAAAUUGUACCUUUGAAAGUUAUGAGUCCCCAUCAUUCAAAAUUUGUAGAGGUUGAGCUGAAUUAAUUCUUUAUUACAUAUUGUUUCUUCCAUGUGUUUAUGGUAAGUUCUGUAAUAUACAAGGGGCUUAUAUUUUGUUUAUCUAUGGUUGAACUUGAAGGUGCAAACAGAACAUUAUUCAGAUGCUAUGGAGGUUUUCAGAUCAUAGACUGCAAUAAUACUUUUAAAAAGUAAGUGCUAACCCAAUUCUUUUAAAAGCACAAUUGUUACUUCAUGGUACAAGAAUUUUUUAAAGUCUUGUACCAUGUUAUCAGGGGUUAUUUCAAAAUAACCUUUGAUGUUAUGGUGUAAGGCCCAAGUCUUUAUUAUGUUAAAUAAAUGAACUUUUUUUAAAUGAACUGUUUAAAUAAACUGUGUGCCUCCUAAGUAAUGGAACUCUAAAUUUCAUCUUUAUAGUGAAAUUUCAAGACUGCUAAUCAAAGUCUGCAAGAUAUAUACAUCCAAUUGCUACUUGAUACUUUUCUUCCUGCCUUGCUCAUGUAAAGACUUAUUUUUUUCAAUUUUCAGGUACUGGGAAGGAGCAGCUGUCUGUGUAAUGUUGGAAGACAUAGACUUAAUUUGUGAAAUUUUAAGAAUUCUAAUGGAGGCAUGUACUGAUAAUGGUAAGGCUAAUAGUUUUCAUGGUGAUGGUGGAACAAAACUAAAUGAACCUGCUUACCAGAAGGACUAAAAAGUAUGAAAUAAUUUAACCCAAAAUGCUAAAUUGCUUCCUCUUGCCUUGAUAAAUGAAAUCAGAAGUGUCAUUUUUUUAAAUUUCAGAUCACAAUGUAGAGGAGUUUCUCAAAAAAGAUCAUACUCCAUCAUUCAAUCGUUUCCUGCGAGAUCCAACCUCUCCUGUCAUUAAGACAGCUGCCACAUCAUUUCUUCACCAGCUGUCCCAAACUAAAAAAGGCAGAGUUGGUCUCACUACUUGCAAACAUAUCAAGUGGUAAGAUGAUCUUUUUUUCUCAAGCAGAUGGCUUCAUAGCAAAUAACACACUUAUCGAGUCAUAGCUGAAAACUUAUUGUGUGUUUCUUUGCAGUGUCACUGAGGCGCUAUUUUCACUGGCACAGAGGGGAACUAACACAGCUGUUGUAGCAAUGUCCACAAUUAAUAACCUAGCCCUGGAACUAGGGUAUGAUAUCUAAGAAUGCUUUACCAAGUUUUCUGAACAAUGGCAAUAAGUGAUCAACAAAAAUUUGGAAACAGUUGUAUUGUUCUCAAGUUCUGUUCUGUUCUCAACUUCUGUCUGCUUUUUAGAUUCUGUGAAAAAAUCAGAGAUUUGGUUGACAAAGACUUUCUGAGCAUCUCUCAGAAAUUUGUGGUAAUGUAGAAUACUUUUUACUGUACAGUGUUCAUUGGAAUUUGUUAUUGUGUUGGUUUUUUUGUAUCCAUCCCCAAGGAAGUAAAUUUUCUUUUAACUCCAAACUUCCAUUUUUUCCACAUACAGUUAUUUUCAUUCUCUCUUCAUUGUUUUUUCUUCUUUGUGCAGAGAAAGUUGUGUGAAGUAAACACAGAGGUUUCCCAUGAACCAACAGACAGCUGGUCUCUAGUUUCAUCUGGUUUGUCAGCUUUAGCCAACAUGGCCAAGGACACAUGUAUCAGAAAAAAGAUUGCUGAUGAACAAGAUUGGUGGGAAACAAGUGUCAAGUUUCUGGUUGGUAUUUUCACUGCACUUUCACUGACUUUUUUACAACCCAAGUAAUGACCUUAUACAGACUGUUCAGUUUUAAUUUAGACCUUUGCUAUGGAAGAUAGGUUGGCUACCAAUUUGUUUUUGUUGUGUCACAGUUUUCACCCUCUACACCCUAAAACCAGUAUGCAUAUUCUCUAUACUGUUCUCUAGACAUUUCAUAAGGAGCCAAUAAGGAGAAUUUGUUUAACAAUCAUGAAUUUCUUUAGUUGUUGAUCAUUUCCUUUAUUCUUGUGACUGUUAUGUUUGAUUUGGGGGUGAUUUUGUAAGGAGACAUUAUAUACUACUCACUCUUAGGGGUGAAAGGGUUAAUAUUUUCUCUUCUUUUCCAUGCAGGAUUGCAAUAUCUCUGGAAUAAAGGAUCAAAAAGUGAGAAGCUCCAUUUAUUCUCUUCUGGGUUUGUUGGCAAACAUAUCUUUGCAAUCAAACCAGCAUCAAAAGGUAUUAUCUCAAUAUAAUGCUUUGUGUGCAUCUAUUGAAAAGAAAAAAAAAAGAAAAAAUUGUUGUCCAAUUUUUAUGAAAUCUUUAAGUCACAAAAAACAAGCAUCCUUAAACUAGUUAACAGAUAGAUUCCAUGCUGCCAUGUGUUUGUUCAGUAAUAGAUCAAAGAUGACACCAAAAUGUGAUAAGAACAAAAAGAGGCGCAAAAGGUGCAGCUGAGUAUGUCACAGAUGUUCUUAUCAUUUUUUAUCAGCUUCUCUGAUCUACUACUAUACAGACCCACAGCAACAUGAAAUCUAUUUGUUUCAGAUCAUAUAAAAGCAAAAUCUUGUUAUUAGUGAUGUCACUUACACAUCUGCCUCCAAUAGAUCAUAACUAACAACCAAUCAAAAUGCCUGUAUAAUUGAGUCAACUUUUCAUAUAAGUAAUUUUAACUUCCAAGGAUUUAUCAAGAAAAUAAACAAUUCUUUUUUGUUUUUGUUUUUGGCUUUGCCAUGUAGGAUGCUGCUCCAAGAUUGAUUCCAUCACUCAUUGAAAUGCUUAACACAGGUUAUGAUGAAGUUUGUGAGGUAUAAGUAUAAACAUUGUCCUUUCUAGUGUUUCCUACUCAGUGUAGAGUGUAAGGUUGUUUAGCUAUGUAUGUAUGUAGAGUUCCCUUUGUUAUGGAUAAUACUUAUCACUAACAAAUCUAAUUUGUCAAACCCAUUUGUAGCAUCCUUCGAAAAUAGUCAUAUAAUUUGCCCCAUUACUAGCAAUCUGAAAUAUUUGAUACAAUGAAUAUAAAUUGCUUUUAUUUAAUAACUAUUUUUUAAUUUAAUCUUCCAGCGCAGUCUUGCUACCCUGAGAAAUAUUUUAGCCCAUUCUACCGAUGCUCUAAAUCAAGCAUGUGAUCAGAAAAUCCACAUUCACAUCAUGCGCAUUCUAAAGGUGAAGAACCUUCAUUGUUGUUUUCAACUUUUGCUUUUAUUGUCAAUAUAUUUGGCCAGCAAGUUGAUAGAUUGCCCAUGCAUGUUGAUGUAAGUUAGUUUUUGUUCAAUUUAAUCCACAGCUGGUCAUCUUAAGCAGCCAUUUUCAGGUUGGAUGGGGAGCAAGUACAAGAGAAACUGUAAAAAAAUAUGCAAUCAAGUCACUAGCAUUGUGCACAAUGGAGAGAAAAGAUGCCAGAGAAGCUGUACUCAGUGAAAAAGGUACACUGUCACUGAGCAUGUAUGUUGCACUCUUAUUAGAUCUAGGAGUUGGAGUUUAAACCUUGACUGGGGUCUUCAACUCCAAAAACAUCUUACAUUAGUCUGAGGAAAUACCAGGGUAUGCAUGAAAAUUUGAUGAAAGAGCAACAUACUUGCUCUUGCUCUAAGAAACACUUAUCCACAAAGAGUGCAGAUGUAUGACACAGUGUUAUUUUGUUUCAGCUUUGGACUUCUUGGUUCAAUUACUUCAUUCUACAGAUGAGACCAUCAUAGGAAAUACAGCACUCUGCAUUGGCCACUGUGCUGAUAUGGGUAUGUUAUACUGAACUAUCAUCUCUCUACCAGAGCAGUGGCUUUGUCAAUAUUACCAUGGAUUCUAAGCAGAAGAGUGAAAGUAGAACCUUAGGUCAGAGAAUGUGCUGUGUUCUUGGACAAGACACUUAUUUAGUUUCUUUGAAUUCACACUCUGCAUGGUGAUCAUUAGGCAUAAGAGAACUCUUUGGCUAAAUUUCAAUGCCCUGAGCUACUUUUUUGUCAGACUUGAAGCAGUUAUGAACAUGUAAUAUUUAUCAAAUAGAUUCUAUGUUGCCUUGCAUCUGUUCAGUCAUAGAUCACAAAAGAUGUCAAAAUGUGGUUAUUAAGCUAAUUUUACAAAUUCUUCUGGAUGUUUACACUAUUCUUCUGCCACUAAAUUUCUUAACAAAAAUCUUUCUCUCAUUUGAAUACUAACUUUGGAUAUUAAAGUGUAUUUACCCAUCAAGUUAAUUUGCAUUAGGUUAUAAUACUAUUUAUGCCAGAUGUCUACUUUAGUUUAUUAGCAAUCUCUUCUUUUUGCAGAGGGAGUAAGUGAACAUUUGGCCAGUGAUAAUGGUGUGGUGGAAAUCCUCCUGAAGCAUGCAACAAAUGAUGAGCUAAGCAAAGAUGUCAAACAGAAUGCUGCCAUUUGUUUAGCAAAACUCGCAACAUCAGACAAAAGGUACAAAAGGGCAAUAGUAUUUCUGGUGUUGUACAUUACAAAAUAUUCAGUCAUCAUAAAUGUGACUGGUUGGAAAUGUCUUAAAAAUAUUCUCAUUUUAUUUUUCAGACAUCUCGAAAAGCUGAAAGAAAUGCACGGACUUGAAAUUCUUCACUCUGUUAUCCAGAACACAAAUCUCAGCUGAUAAGAUAAUGGCAGAGUUCUUAAACUGUCGAAAUAACAACAAGCUUUCUCAAGUCUGGUCUUAGAUUUCCUCCCUAAAGAGUGGGAAAGAAGCAAGGCUUGAUUUCUGAAAAACCAAUUGGUUAUCAAGCCUACAACAGCAUCAGCAGCCUCAGCAACUCAGCACUUCACUAAGAAGAAUGAAGGGAUUUUUACUCUUUGUAAUUAUGUAAUUAUGUUGCACUUGUUAUGGACAUAAGAAAGGCAACCAGUAAUUGCUUAAACUACAAACUUGUGUUGUUGUGUGGUGCUGGCACUGUUUCUUAGGUGCAGUCAGAUAAUCAGCUUGCAGUCUUUAUUCGGUAUGUACUAUUUAUUUUAAAAGGGAGUGUAAUAACCCAAGUAUAUUUACUGGUAAGUUUGAAGUAGGUGAAACUUUGACACUUGUGUUUAGAGUGAUUGAGCCAUUUUGCUUCCAAGAUCUAAAGAUCAACUAUCAGAACUGUCAGCCAUACAUUUCUUAUCUUCUUAGCAGACACAUUUUGGUAUUAAAUUAAACAAUAUUUCUAAGUUUUCAUUUUUCCAUCUUUUCAUUGCCUUUCCUCUUCACAAAGUGUGGAUAUUGUAAAGGUAAAUAACUCACAGGUCACUCCUGAGGGUACUAGGGACAAGAAGUUGUUCAACUAUGAUUUUUAUGGGGAAAAACUAUUUGUACGAUUGCUUUGUUUUCAGAAAGCUUAUUGAUCAAAACACUUGUUAAUUGAUUUGAUUAUCCUCAAAAUGUAGUUUCCAAAAGUCACAAAUGUUACGUACUCAUUCACAAAUGAGGUCAGAUUGUAACUAAUAAACCUGAAAAUUUGAGCCCAGCAACACUCUGUGAAUUACAUAUACUUUUACAACACAACUUCAAAAAAUCUUUGCACACAAAAGGCCGAAAUUAUUACUGUGUCAAAUUUAAUUUGUAAGAAGGUAAGGUGACCA